AUGGCUCCCAAGAACUCGGCCGCCAGUGAUGGCGAUGAAUCUCAUCAUGGCAAGAUUUUCUCCGUCUCCGGCCCUGUCGUUGUCGCCGAAAACAUGAUUGGUGUUGCCAUGUACGAGUUGGUCAGAGUAGGACACGAGAACCUCGUUGGUGAAGUCAUUCGUAUCAAUGCCGACCAGGCAUCUAUCCAGGUUUACGAAGAGACCGCCGGCGUUUCAGUCGGUGAUCCCGUCGUUCGAACUGGCAAGCCCCUGUCCGUCGAGCUGGGACCCGGUCUGCUCAACGGUAUCUACGACGGAAUCCAGAGGCCUCUCCAGGAUAUUUCCAACAUCUCACAAUCGAUCUAUAUUCCUCGCGGUAUCGCCGUCCCUGCUCUAGACCGCAAGAAGAAGUGGGAUUUCACCCCCACUCUGAAGGUUGGCGACCACAUUUCUGGAGGCGAUGUUUGGGGUACCGUGUUCGAGAACUCCUUCAUCUCCACUCACCGAAUUCUCUUACCUCCUAGAGCUCGCGGUGUCAUCACCAAGAUCGCAUCCAAGGGCGAGUACACUGUCGCCGAGAACCUGCUGGAGGUCGAAUUCGACGGCAAGAAGACCGAGUACCCUAUGAUGCAGAGCUGGCCCGUCCGUGCGCCUCGCCCCAGUUCCGAGAAGCUCAACGCCUCCGAACCCUUUAUUGUCGGUCAGCGUGUCCUCGACGCUCUUUUCCCUGGUGUUCUGGGUGGUACCGUCGCUAUCCCUGGUGCUUUCGGCUGUGGAAAGACCGUCAUUAGCCAGUCUGUCUCGAAGUUCUCCAACAGUGAUGUCAUUGUCUACGUCGGAUGCGGCGAGCGCGGAAACGAAAUGGCCGAAGUGUUGAAGGAUUUCCCUGAGCUUACUAUCGAUGUUGACGGCCGAAAGGAGCCCAUCAUGAAGCGAACAACCCUCAUUGCUAACACUUCAAACAUGCCUGUGGCUGCACGAGAAGCUUCCAUUUACACGGGUAUCACUGUAGCCGAGUACUUCCGUGAUCAGGGCCUAAAUGUUGCCAUGAUGGCUGACUCCUCUUCCCGAUGGGCUGAGGCUCUUCGAGAACUGUCAGGUCGUCUGGGAGAAAUGCCUGCUGAUCAAGGUUUCCCCGCCUACCUGGGAGCCAAGCUCGCCUCCUUCUACGAGCGAGCCGGUCGAGUCCAGACCCUUGGUUCCCCCGAGCGUGUUGGUAGUGUGAGCAUUGUCGGUGCUGUCAGUCCCCCUGGUGGUGAUUUCUCCGAUCCCGUUACUACUUCCACCCUUGGUAUCGUGCAAGUGUUCUGGGGUCUCGACAAGAAGCUUGCCCAGCGUAAGCACUUCCCUUCCAUCAACACAAGCGUCUCGUACAGCAAAUACACCACUGUUUUGGAUAAAUUCUACGAGAAGGAGAACCCCGAAUUCCCCCGGCUGCGCGACCGUAUCAAGCAACUUCUCUCAGACUCUGAAGAGCUUGACCAAGUCGUGCAGCUGGUCGGUAAGAGUGCACUGUCCGAUCCCGACAAGAUUACUCUCGACAUUGCUGCGCUUGUCAAGGAAGAUUUCCUGCAGCAAAACGGUUACUCCGACUAUGAUCAAUUCUGCCCCAUCUGGAAAACGGAGUGGAUGAUGAAGCUCAUGGUUGGAUACCACGACGAAGCCCAGAAGACCAUUGCCCAGGGCCAGACCUGGAGCAAGGUUCGCGAGGCCACGAGCGACAUCAUGUCUUCUCUGCGAACACUCAAGUUCGAGGUGCCCACCGAGGGUGAAGAAGCCAUCACCAAGAAGUACGAAUCCAUUCAACAGACUAUGUUAGACAAGUUUGCAUCAGUCCUGGACGAGUAA